AUGUCUUCUUGCAACCCUGAGGAUGUCCCCCAGGAGCCUGAGCCCUCAAUCUUCAAGAAGAAAAAGAAGAAAAGAAGGUGGCUGCAGCAAGAGGCCAGCAUUGAAGCCCUCACCAGGGCUGGCCAUGGGGCCCUACAGGCUGGCCAGAACCAUGAGGCCUUGACCAGCUUCCAGAGGGCCUUCCUUUUGGCCUCUGAGACCCCACAGACCAGGAACACCCCUGUGCUCCGGGCCUGUGCCUUCAACCUGGGGGCUGCUUAUGUGGAGACUGGGGACCCAGCCAGAGGCCUUGAGCUGCUCUUGCGAGCCCAGCCUGAAGGGAAGGCACAGGGCAGGCAUCAUGGUGACCAGUGUUUCAAUGUAGCUUUGGCCUACCAUGCCCUCGGUGACCUGCCUCAAGCUUUGGCCUGGUACCACAAGGCCCUGGGCCACUACCAGCCACAGGGGGACCAAGGGGAAGCCCAGGCAAAAAUGGGAGCCUGCUACCAGGCUCUGGGACAGCCUGAGCUAGCAGCCCACUGCCUGCAGGAAGCAAGCCAGGCCUAUGCCCAAGCAAGGCAGCCCCAGGCUGCAGCCCUGGCACUGGGGGCUGCAGCAGGGUGUAUGCUAAAGAGUGGGCGGCACCGGGCAAGUGAAGUUGUGCAAGUGCUGGAGGAGAGCCGGAGGCUCGCUGGAAGGAGCGCUGAGCAGGGACUGUUGGGGCACCUCUAUAAUGACCUAGGCCUGGGCUACUCCCAGCUCCAGCUGUUCCCACUGGCCGUGGAGGCCUUCCUGCAGGCGCUGCCCCUGUGCCAGGGACCUGGAGAGCAGGCCACAGUGCUGAGAAACCUUGGAAUGGCCCACAACGCCCUCGGCAACUAUCAGGAAGCUCGGGAGUUUCACCAGAGGGCUGCUAACCUACAUGGCUCGGUGGGGCAGCGAUGGGAGCAGGGCCGGAGCUUUGGCAGCCUGGCAUUUGCAUUGAGCCAGCUGGAGGACCACACAGCUGCCAGGGACAACUACCUGCAUGCCCUGCAAGCUGCCCGGGACACUGGGGACAUGAAGGGGCAGUGGCAGGCCUGUGAGGGGCUGGGGGCUGCUGCCGCCAGACUGGGGCAGUAUGACCAGGCCUUGAAGUACUAUAAGGAAGCGCUGGCCCAGUGUCAGAAGGAGCCAGAUUCUGUGCGAGAACGGCUGGUGGCCAAGCUGGCAGAUGCCAUGAGGACCCACUUGGGCCAGGCCGUGGCUCCAGAAAGGUCCCAGACUCCGGGCAGAGUCUGCCGCGUGGCGGAGACGCCAACCUGGGCGCAACCAGGCACAGCAGAAGCCCUACUCGGGUCUACUAGGGGGUGGGAAAUCGGAGACCUGGAGGCGAACCGCGAGGAUAAAAGAAAGGAGAGGUCAACGAAUGUUCUCAUGACUUCUAGACCUGGGAGACUGCAGUUGUGUUUUCUUGCAGGCACCAUGAAUCGCCACCAUCUAGCUUCUAGUUGGCCAAUGUUUACUAAGCACCUGCCCUGUAAAGGGACAGUACUGUAUACACACACUGUGUGCAGUCCAGGACCCACAGCCCAUCUUCCAUUUGGAGGUCCAGGCCCUCCCAGCAGGGAGUACCCUGGCAUCCUGCUAUCUGAUGGCUCCCAAGCCAACAGCAAUCUGAACAACCCUCACCCAGCUCUGGAGGCCAGUGGUAUCCCCUACCUCCUGCAUGGCCUGACCACAGGCCUCAGAGAAAAGGACAGUCCUGCAAAAUGGGGGAACAUGAAACUUAAGCCUCCUGCCUCCUGCUCUGGAGGCCACCAGCAGAGGUUGCCCAGAGGGCACAGGGAGACCCUCAGCAGGAGCUUGCAGCGGAGACCCACAGAAUCUGGCUUCUGCACAGUCAUGUGACCUCCCCACUACUGGCUACAGCCUUCACCUCUGCAGAAGCUGCCCACCUGCACACUAGGAGUUUCAGGGGACUUAGCCUCUUCCCAGUUGCUCAACCCCGAUGGACACGGAGCAUAACACAGCCAGCCAGUGAUCCUGAGGAGACUAGCCAGGGCUUUGUAGUCUCUGCUCUGAGAGGUUCUGUUUGCUCCUCUUGGGGAUUUUGGACUUAACCGAUUUAAAAAACAAUGGUGAAUUUUACCUUUUUCCCUAGAGCCAAACCUUAUGAUUGCUAAGGCCCUUAUAAUUCUAAAAAUUAUGACUUCUUGGUCAAGUGGCUUUGGAGUCACCAACUCUCUAGUCCUGAAUUCUCUCAUAUGGGAAGUAGGGAUGUAACUUUACAGAAGUUACAUGAUACUAGAUGCACCUACUUCCUCCAUGAAGUAGAGGGGAUGCUGGGCAUAGGUGCAGGCCCACAACCUGUCAGACAACUGCUGCCCCAGCCCAGCAACAACAGUAAUGUUGGGUUUACUGAGCAUUUAGUGCCUGCCCUACACCACUCUUAGUGAUUCGCAAGUGUUUUCUCCUUUAAUCCUCACAGAUUUAUGAGAUGCUGUUUUUAUCCCCUUUCACAGAUGAGGUUAAAUAGAGCAUAAAGCUAGCCGGGCGUUGUGGCGGGCGCCUGUAGUCCCAGCUACUCAGGAGGCUGAGGCAAGAGAAUCGCUUAAGCCCAGGAGUUGGAGGUUGCUGUGAGCUGUGUGAGGCCACGGCACUCUACCGAGGGCCAUAAAGUGAGACUCUGUCUCUACAAAAAAAAAAAAAAAA